AUGGGAAUGGAGUAUGAUGCUUCGUCCACGACGGCGUCCUCCAUGUUCCCGCCUUUCCUUGCGAUGUUCGCGGCCGUCUACCUCCUCGGCUACUUCGUGGUGUUCCGGCGCUGGAGCCCGCAGCAGCGGCCGGACGCGUCCAGCUGCCUCACCUCGCUCUUCCACGGCACGCCGGCGACGCUGCUCGCCCUGCGCGCCGUGCUGUCCAGCCCGGGGGCCGGCGACCUCGCGGCGCCCAACACGCCUGCCGACGACCUCGUCCUUGACUUCAGCACGGCCUACUUCGCCGUAGACCUCCUCCACUACCUCGUCUUCCUGCCCCACGAGGCCCUCUUCGUGGCGCACCACCUCGCCACGCUCUACGUCUUCGCCACCUGCCGCGCCGCCGUGCGUCGCGGAGCCUACGGGCUGCUCGCCCUGGAGGUGCUCGCCGAGGCCACCAGCCUGGCGCAGAACCUGUGGACGCUGGCCGGCAUGCGACGCGCCGGCUCGCCGCUGGCCGCCAGGGCGCACGUCGCCCUGUCGCUCCCGUUCUACGCGGCUUACACGGCCAUGAGGGCGGUCCUCGGGCCGGUCUGGUUCGUGAGGAUGGUGAGAUUCUACGCCGCCGGAGCCGGCGAUGGUGCUUUGCCGACGUGGGCGUUGGCGUCGUGGAGCGUGGUGAUUGGGUCCGCGAUACUCCUGAGCGUGCUGUGGGUGGGUAACCUGUGGUUCGCCUACUUCAGACAAAGGAUGGUGAGCAGCAAGAAGGAACAAUGA